UUUUUUUCAGGUCCUUUUGUUGUGGGAAUCUAACUUUUCCAAACUAAACGACUAUAACAAAACGGGAGGAUAUCUAUUGAAGAAAGAAAACAUUUGUUUGGAGAGAUGCCAGGUAUAAUACCCGUUGCCGGCCCUGACUAAGUUGUAAUUUAUGAUAACGGAAAGAAACCAUGUUUUGUGAGCCACUUAAAGGUUAGAAAUGUCAUUUGGCACUGAAUAAUAGGAGCGCUGCCCUCUUAACUCAGACAACAGAGGCAUCAUAGAGUCCAUAAUUUCUUAAAGCAUUGCAGUUAAGUUGGUCGCCGCUUGCCACCCCAGAUAGGCAAACAGACCCAUCAACCAUGGCCGCAAUGCUUCAGCUGAGUCCUCUGGUCUCAGCCACCCCAAGUUUCAUAGCUCCCACUAACCAAAACGAACCCAAAGCCAUAGCCAAGGACACUUCCCCAACUGGGUCACUAAGAAACUGCAAAACCAUAAACCAAGUGAAGCAACUUCACUGUCACAUCACUAAGACAGGCUUCAGUCACACACCCUCUAAUGUCACCAAGCUAAUUAGCGCAUGCGCCGAGAUGGGCACCUUCGAAAGCUUAGAUUAUGCCCGGAAAGCCUUUAACUUGUUUCUUGAAGAAGAAGAAACUAAGGGUGUAUUGUUCAUGUAUAAUUCUCUCAUAAGGGGUUACUCUAGUGCUGGGCUUUGUGACGAGGCUAUUGGGCUUUAUGUUCAGAUGGUGCUUCAGGGUGUUUUGCCGGAUAAGUUCACAUUUCCGUUUGCGCUGAGCGCGUGCUCAAAGAUUGUGGCUUUCUGUGAAGGUGUUCAGCUGCACGGGUCGCUUGUGAAGACGGGUUUGGAGGAAGAUGUGUUUAUUGGGAAUUCUUUGAUUCAUUUCUAUGCAGAAUGUGGGCACUUGGAUUAUGCGCAGAAGGUGUUUGAUGAAAUGCUUGAGAGAAACAUCGUGUCGUGGACUAGUUUGAUUUGUGGCUAUGGUAGGAGGAAUAUGCCAAAGCAGGCUGUUUCUUUGUUUUUCGAGAUGGUGGCAGCCGGUGUUAAGCCCAAUUCGGUGACUAUGGUGUGUGUCAUUUCUGCUUGUGCAAAGUUGAAGGAUGUUGCGUUGAGUGAGAGAGUGUGCGCUUACAUUGGGGAGUCUGGACUCAAGACUAAUAUGCUUAUGGUGAAUUCACUUGUUGAUAUGUAUAUGAAAUGUGGAGCUACUGAUGCCGCAAAGUGGCUUUUUGAUGAAUGUGUGGAUAAAAACUUGGUUCUUUACAACACGAUUUUGUCAAAUUAUGUGCGCCAGGGACUGGCUAGUGAAGCAGUUUCUGUCGUGGGUGAAAUGCUACAACAGGGCCUAAGACCCGACAAGGUUACCAUGUUAGCUGCAAUUUCAGCUUGCGCACAGCUAAGUGAUUCUCUCUCAGGUAAGUGUUGCCAUGGUUAUGUUCUAAGGAAUGGACUAGAAGGUUGGGAUACCAUUUGUAAUGCCAUGAUUGACAUGUACAUGAAGUGCGGCGAACAAGAGAUGGCCUGCAUAAUUUUUGACAAUAUGUCAAAUAAGACUGUAGUAUCAUGGAACUCUUUGAUUUCUGGUUUCAUAAGAAGUGGCGAUGUGAAGUCAGCUUGGGAAAUUUUCAAUGAGAUGCCUAAGAGUGAUCUCGUCUCUUGGAACACUAUGAUUGGUGCUCUGGUCCAAGAGAGCAAGUUUGAGGAAGCAAUUGAACUUUUCCGGGAGAUGCAGACCGAGGGAAUAAAAGGAGAUAGGGUGACCAUGGUGGAGGUUGCAUCUGCCUGCGGAUAUUUAGGAGCUCUUGAUCUUGCAAAGUGGACUCAUGCUUAUAUUGAAAAAAGCGAAAUCAAAUGUGAUACGCGGCUUGGGACAGCCUUAGUUGACAUGUUUGCUAAAUGUGGUGAUCCUCAAAGUGCAAUGAAAGUGUUCAAUACAAUGGCCGGGAGAGAUGUUUCUGCUUGGACUGCAGCCAUCAGAGCAAUGGCCAUGGAGGGGAAUGGGAAACGAGCUCUAGAACUUUUUGAUGACAUGCUUAAGCAAGGGGUGAAACCAGAUGAAGUAGUCUUUGUGGCGGUACUAACAGCGUGCAGCCAUGUUGGUCUUUUGGAACAAGGGCGGAACAUUUUUAUGUCAAUGCAGUUGGUCCAUGGCAUUUCCCCUCAUAUCGUUCAUUACGGUUGCAUGGUCGAUCUACUAGGCCGAGCCGGGCUCUUGGAAGAAGCUGUUGAUCUGAUAAAGUGCAUGCCAAUGGAACCCAAUGAUGUCAUUUGGGGCACUCUCUUGGCUGCUUGUCGAACCCACAAAAACGUCGAAAUGGCAACAUAUGCAGCUGAACAGAUAUCAAAGUUGACCACUCAGAGGACAGGUAUUCAUGUGCUUCUCUCAAACAUAUAUGCAUCGGCUGGGAAAUGGGCAGACGUUGCAAAAGUGAGGCUACAAUUGAAAGAGAGAGGGAUUCAGAAGGUACCCGGAUCCAGUUCCAUUGAAGUUAAUGGAGUGAUUCAUGAGUUUACCUCCGGUGGUGAUACUGAUACACACACAGAGAGGAGCCAUAUUGCGUUGAUGUUGCAAGAAAUAAACAGCAGACUCAGAGAUGCUGGUUACAUUCCUGAUCUCGACAAUGUCCUGGUUGAUGUUGAUGAGAAGGAGAAAGAGUACUUGCUCAGUCGACAUAGUGAGAAAGUGGCCAUAGCUUUUGGGCUUAUAGGUACGGGGCAAGGAGUGCCAAUUCGCGUGGUGAAGAAUCUGAGAAUGUGUUCUGAUUGUCACUCUUUUGCCAAAUUAGUAUCAAGAAUAUAUGACAGGGAAAUUAUUGUUCGAGAUAACAACAGGUUCCAUUUCUUUAGUCAGGGCCUGUGCUCUUGCAGUGAUUACUGGUAAUAGAAUUAUGAUUUGAAGAGAACUCUCCCCCAAUUAGUGUUCACUCCCAUUAUCUAUUGCUUUUGAUCUGCACUGCCAUGAUCAUAUUGUGUUAAUUACACAAUCCAAUUAUACCUCUAUUAUCAUUGAGCCAUACUGCAGGGGCAAUAUGCACAACCCAUUAUCUUCCAUUGCCCUUGUCCAAACUCAUCGACUACUCGGCUGAGAAAACAAGCGUUGUAUAUCAGACCAAUGAAGCCCUUGAGCGUGAAGCUCGAAUCACAGGGGUUCACCUAGUAUGCCAACAGAAUUGAUAUGACCAACCGUACUCUUCCACUUCAGAGUUCCGACAAGAAUGCCAUCCAUUCAUAUGUAUUCUUUCAGAGACAGAGAGAUUCUGCAGCCAUAUUGUUUUGUGACUGCCUUAUAGUGCAGCUUGCAUUGGGGGAGGUUUUUGAGGCUGGUUUUGUUUUGGAUUGCUCAUUUUGGUCCAAAAGCUUUCUGAUCAGCAAACUACUCAGAUAGAGCUGGCAACAUCAGCUCAUUCAGUGGAUUUACUCUGAAAAUGGGUGCGAACGUCCUCAGCUGGAUUAUGGUUUUGAUUCUUUCUGGGUUUUAUUUUUUGUUUUUGUUCACUGAUGUCGUCAAUUAGGAAGACAUUUGAGACCUGGAUUUAUAUAUGCUCAAGUUGUACCUUCAAAAACUUUCAUUUACAAUCUUCAGUUCUCUGGAACAUAAGUUUAGUUGAUUUGUUAUCUAGUUAAUAAAUUUGAUUAUGAUUCAUUUAAUUUUUUAGGAAAUACACAUUCCUUCUGCACCCUGGAAGUUAGUUCUUUAAACUGAUAACUAUCAGACAAAGUAUGUAUAAGAAGUGAAUUCAAUUGAAGCAUGUGAUAGUUCUUCAUUUAAAAGCAUACUUUGUCUGAUAGUUUCAGUUUAAGAAGUGAAAGCAACUUAUAUGCAAAGCAUACUUUCAUAUACACUGAUACUUUGCAUACUGAUAGUUGCUUAUAUGCACCCUGGAAGUUAGCUCCUUUCAGUUUAAAUUAUAAGUUAUGAGUUACUUUGCAAACUGAUACUUAUAAGUCACUCUAUUUUUUCAGGAAAUACACAUUCCUUCUGCACCCUGGAAGUUCGAUCCUGUCAGUUCAAUUUAUAUGCAAAGCAUACUUUCAGUUUAAGAAGUGAAUUCAAUUAAAGGGCAACGGUAUCGUCUGAGCUCGGAUGUGGCUUGGCUUUUGCGCAGAAGUAAGGACAAAACGGUGACGUUUGUGCUUUAUGGAGAUGGUGAUGCAAAUCAGGGACAGCUGUUUGAGGUGCUUAAUAUCUCUGCGGCUUUGGGAUUUGCCUGCGAUUUGGGUCUGUGAGAAUAAACACUAACUCGGUGUCGGAUUGCAGUUUUUACAUUAACAGUGAAGAAGAAGAUGAUGAGAAGGACAAGAAAAGCAUAGAAGAUGGGAAUGAUUCUGAUUCAUCGCGCCAUUUCACUGACUUUAUUUGGGCUCACAUCUACGAAAGCUUCUCAACAGAAAAGAGAAGAAGAAAUACCUGUGCUGUCUGUGUGGAGACAGUUAAAUGGGUCGCAUAUGGGCCCUGUGGCUAUCGAGAGGUCUGCUCUACCUGCAUUUUUGCCUCUGUUUCAUCUAUGGAUCUGCCUGCGCAAGAGUAAAUCUAAGAUCAUCUUUGUCACCAAGGUUAGGCAUCAGUUGUAAUCUAAGGCUUGCCAUGCAACUCAAUUUGUGUCCAAGCAUGGAACUAUCUACUACAAGACAAGCAAUACAUUCAGGAGCCGGCAGUUGUGGAGAAAUGCAGCGAGGUGUCAAAGCAAUUCUAACAUUCUUUUUAUUGAAGUGCUUCAGGAGUAAGACUUGAAAUAAAACUUUGGCAUUGGUAUUCUUCUUACUCAAAAUUCAGUUAAAGUAUCUUUUGUUGUUGGGUAAUAUAAUGGCUUGGAUGCUCUUAGCAAUUAUUCUUAGUAAACAUCUGUUAGAAGAAAAUGUUUUUUUUUUUCCCAACCUGCGAGAUUUUGAUAAAUCAGCCUUAUAUCAAUUUGUUUUCGGAGCUAUAGUUUUGGUGAUUGACUUGCAACGCAGGAACAUAAUGAGAAGCUUGGUAGGAAGUUGAACAGAUUGCUCAACCAUUAGAUCUCCAGCUCGAAAAAAUGAAUGUAGGUCUGAAUAAGUUGAAGAAGAUGGAAGAAGAGUCGGCAGAAGUAUUUCUACACCAUGGCUUCAUAAGGGCAGCAAGAGAAGCCAUGAAGUUAUGGAAAUAGCUAGCUGACAAGUUUUGUCUUGACUUUCAUGGAUUUCUCCUCUCUUUCCCUCUUCUUUCUCUAUCUUAUGUCUUGCUUAUGGUGUUGUUUGAUGUGUAUUGAUAUAGAUUUGUGAGUGACCUCUCAUGGUUUUAGGGUUUUGAAACCCAAGUUUAGUUUUGUAUGGUUUUGAUGAGGAAUUAAU